AUGAACACGAAUAUGGCUUUCGGACACACUAAAUUGGUCCUUCGCUGGAUGAGGCAUGCCAGCUUCCAAUCUCCUGCUCCAUGGCGAGCAUCAUCCCCAACCCUCCCAAGCUUUCAGCACAUGCCAAGCAGAUCAUAUUCUUCGAAUUUGAGGCCAUUACAUUCUCCCUGUUCUCGGAUUAGAUCACCUUCGUUUCUAUUAUCGACAUGGUCGAAGACUCAAGUUCCUUCGUUCUCCACGUCCUCCCCCCGCCCAAAAGCCAAAACCAUACAGCAAUUAAAGGCUCGCGCUUCAACCGGACCAUUCUCAUGGAAAGCAGCCGCAUUGUUUGUUGCAACAGGCGUGGCUAUGAUAUUUUAUUUUCGCUAUGAGAAGGCGCGGCUUGAGCGAAAGAGAGUUGUCGAGAUGAGUAAGGGUGUCGGCAAGCCGAAAGUUGGUGGACCUUUCGUCCUAAAAGAUUUGGAUGGAAAUGAAUUUACCGAAGAAAAAUUGAAAGGAAAAUAUAGUUUCGUUUAUUUCGGCUUCACCCAUUGUCCGGAUAUCUGCCCAGACGAACUCGACAAAAUGGCCGAGAUAAUCGAUCUCGUCAAAGCCAAAUCAAACAACAAAUCUGUCCUCCGUCCCGUGUUCAUUACUUGCGAUCCAGCCCGCGACAGUCCCGAAGUGUUGCGCAAGUAUCUGGCGGAAUUUCAUAAGGGUAUUAUAGGACUCACAGGCACGUACGAGCAGGUGAAGCACGUGUGCAAACAGUAUCGUGUGUAUUUCAGCACACCACAAAAUGUGAAGCCGGGAGAGGACUAUCUAGUUGACCACAGCAUUUAUUUCUACCUGAUGGACCCGGAUGGAGAUUUCGUUGAAUGUAUCGGCCGCCAAGAUACUGCUGAAACCGCCGCAUCUACUAUUGUCGAUCAUAUCAAGGACUGGAAGAGGGAAGGCAAGCCUCUCAACACCGAGGAGGAAUAG